AACGGUUUGAUAUGGGCGUUGCGAGCGUGUAGUGGAACGGAGAGACGACACUGGUGGACAAACGUGCAUUUACGGCAACAUUCCUUGUCUUUUCUCGCAUCGUGGCCCCUAGUCUCUCUUCCGCAAGAUAAAUGUCAAUUCGAACGGUUUGAUUAUCUCCGAUAUCGCUGAGCGACGAUGUUGAUCGAACAGUACCGAGCGUAUUUUUCUUAAUUAUAUGCAGUCAUAUUUGUAGUGCAAGAUACAAUGAAUGUAUGAUUAAUUAUCGUGUAUGUGGUACAAUUGAUAUGUCAAGGGAAGAAGUUAUCGUGUAAAAAGGGAUGAUAAUCGUUUCCGGAGAAUGACUAAGUCUCUUAUCCGAUGCGUCAUCUAUAAUUCAAUGUGAUAUAGCUAAGUGGGCAUGCUUCUUCUCUCGAUAUGGUUGUCUAUGGAACAUAGAAAGUAGUGUUUGUCGGUAAAGAUCGAUAGGUUUUUUUUUAAGAUUACAUUGUAUUAAAAAUGCCAAACUCAUAUCUAUAUGCUAUUAACAAUGAAGGACGUGUGUUCGGACUGUCAACAUCUGGAAAUAUGUGGCGUGAAUUCAUGUAUCUAGGCCUUGAAUUUAAACAGCUGUCGGCUGUGCCUCACUUUAUGUGGGCUAUUGGCGGUGAUCGUCAAGUUUACGUUCACGUUCACGGCUUAGACAUACCUAUAAGAAUAAAGGAGGAAACUUAUGAAAACGAGCGGUGGCUACCUUUAGAAGGUUUCAGUGGGAGAUUGCUCCCAACUGAUAGAUAUAACUUUUCAAAUCAAGAUGGUACAGUCGAUCGUAGCAGAGACAAGGUGAAAUUACCAUCAAUGGCUUGGCAAUGGGAAGGUGACUGGCAAAUAGAGACGACAUUAGAUGGCCAGCCACUGGAUCAUGAUGGAUGGACAUACGCUAUUGAUUUUCCAGCUACGUACACUACAAAAAAGCAGUGGAAAUCUUGUGUAAGGAGGCGCAAAUGGGUACGUUAUCGGAGAUAUAGCGCUAUGAAUUCAUGGUGUGCUAUUGCGCCUCUUCAUAAAGAUCCUACUAAGGAACCUUUCAUCGAUGUAGCUGUGGGUGGAAAUCAAAUACCUGGGACUAGUUCUGGAAGCUUGAUAGUCUGGGCUGUAACUGCUCACGGAAGGGUAAUGUUCCGCGUUGGGACAAGUACAACUUGCCCCGAAGGGCAAAGGUGGAGCUCCAUCAAGCUGGUAAACGGCUACGAAGUGUGUCAAAUUAAUGUUGGAUUGACUGGUCUUGUCUGGGCUGUGGUUAUGACGGGGAAAGCAUUGGUCCGUACGGGCGUAACGAGAGACAAUCCAAUGGGUGACGAUUGGUCAGAAGUGGAACCACCGCAAAAAGAUUUAAGAUUGGUGCAAGUUAGUGUAGGCACUGAUGCCGUAUGGGCCGUAACACACGAUGGUGGAGUAUGGUUUCGAAAAGGUAUCAAAGGCGAAAUGAGCGGUGUUUGCGAACAGUUGGCCACUGGAACUGGUUGGGUUGAAAUGUUGAGCAAAAUGGCACUAGUGUCUGUUGCUCCGAAUGACCAGGUUUGGGCCAUCGGUCACGAUGAUCGAUGUUUGUAUUACCGUACCGGCAUCACACGCUCGGAAUUAACGGGGAAAAAAUGGAGAUUAAUAAACGCGCCGCUUCAGCUGAGCAGAGCGAGCAGCAAUGCUAGUUUGUCAUCGAGCAAUAGACACAGCACAUGUGGUACACCGCAACAGCAACGUCAUCAGAGCUGGAGUUCUUUGAAUCGCCCUCACAGUACAAGCGAGGGUACAACAUUAGUUAGAGAAUGGGAAGAACAAUCGCGUUCGGCGCCAACACCCACGUCCUUAAAAUUGUGGCAACGUACAGAUGGCACAUCCGCAAAAAAUAUCCAACAAACGUCUUUUCAAGAUAUAUAUCAAAAUGAAGAGAGAAAGAGGUCUGCAAAUUCCGUAGACGCGGGUGAUCUAAACGAAGCGAGUGUCGCUAGUAUAACUAUAUCUAACGAAUCUUUAGCAAAAAGUGGAGAGUCCAUAGUCGUUUCGGGGAAAGGGAUGAGUAGUACUGUCAAGAUCAAUCCUGCUGCUUGGAGUCCUGUUCAUUCUGUCGGUUCCAUGGUAGGUGUCGAAGCUCAUCCAGAAACUGACGGGAGCAUAUUUGAUCCAGAUUUAACUGGAGAUUCUGGAGUGUACGGCGAAGAUGAGAGUGCAGGAAUAAUAUAUUGGGCCGAGUGUGACGUGUUGUGGUACAAAGUGGAAGCUGGAGCAUGUUUCGUCGAUCCGAUAAAUCCACCGAAAUGGAUUACGGACGGUAACGGGACGACAGCCGGGCAAGGGGAAAUUGGAGAAUCAUGGAGAAUAUAUAUUUUAGAUGAAUUAAAGUCGAGGUUGAAAAGAGUGUUACUCGAUUCCUCGAUAGUAUAUGAAAGAGCCGUUGAGAAAUCAUCUUGGGUUAAGACUGGCGAUGCUAAAUGCAAAAUUAAAGGCGGCAUGUUAUACGAAGAUUGCAAGAUCGAGCUGGAAUGGAUAAGCAGUGAUACCGGGUCGUUGGAUUCCGGGACCUUGAUAAUUUUAAAUUCAGACGGCGUAACAAGUGUGAUACAAUUUCCCAUCUCGGAAAUUACGUGCGUUGUUUGCUGCAGCGAGCCAGGUAAUCCGAGGAUAGCGGUCCAUACCCCUAAAUUGACUCGUUCAAAAGUAAUCAGAUUGCAAUUUACCAGUGACACAGAGAUGGAAGAUUGGCUGGCACAUUUGACGUCAGUAUCUUGCCAGAUGAAUAAUGUGUACGGUACGCCCGGUCCAAAUUCGAUUUGGAUCACAACUGCACUGGGUGAUGUGUACGUAUUCGAUCCUGCAAUUGCAGAGGAAUAUCAAUUAUCCGAGAACGGAUACGUGCAAGAGAUGGAUGUUACCGGUAAAGAUUUGCCGUUCGAGAGUAUACUACAGAAUGGUUUUGGAUGCGGUAGCACCCUAAAAAUUGGAGUAUGUGUUCACGACGAUGCUGACAGGUUGUAUUUCAAUCUGGUUUGUUAUACCACAACAUUCGUGAAACAAAAAGCUGUGAUAGAUAAUCACGACAUAGCUUUUCAUCUUAAUCCAAGACUCAAAGAAAAUAUUAUCGUACGGAACACAUAUCAGAAUGGACAAUGGGGUGAUGAGGAAAGAAACGGAGGUAGUCCAUUGAAGGCAGGCUGUGACUUCACGCUAUAUAUCGUUUGCGAAGAACGCGGUUAUAGAAUUUUUAUUAAUGAUAGCGAAUAUACCUUUUAUAGCCACAGAAUAUCUCCGCAAAGCAUUACGCAUUUACGCAUCAAGGGACUGUUGACUUUAUGCAAUAUUACAUACAAAUCUACAUCCGUGAUCAUCGAGCCGAGUAUGAUGUUUUGGAGACAAAUUGGCGGACAUUUGAAGAAAGUCGAAACAUGUUCAACAGGUGUUACUUGGGGUAUUGGUUACGACAGUACCGCUUGGGUGUACACGGGUGGUUGGGGAGGCGCAUUUCUCAAAGGCUUGGGUGCUAGUAAUACCGGAAUCAAUACUAUGGUGGAUACUCACAAUUAUUAUGUGUAUGAAAAUCAACGUUGGAAUCCAGUAACCGGAUAUACCGCGCACGGACUUCCUACCGAUCGUUAUAUGUGGAGCGACGCGACUGGCCGACACAAGUGUACGCGAGAGCAUACCAAGUUAUUGUCGAUGCACUGGCAUUGGGUAUCGGAUUGGAUCGUCGAUUUUCAUACACCCGGAGGUGUUGACAGAGACGGCUGGCAAUAUGCUACCGAUUUUCCCUCACAGUUUCACGGGAAGAAACAGUUUACCGAUUAUGUUCGACGAAGACGAUGGUUUAGAAGAUGCCAGCUAACAACCAGCGGACCCUGGCAAGAGCUGGGAAAUACCAAACUCGUCGAUGUUUCUUUAUAUGCGACUGGCACGGACGCUCCUACGUACGUAUGGGCAGUUGCUGCGAAUGGUGAGGCUUUAUUCAGACGAGGUGUGUCGGAAUCUUGUCCGAUGGGAGUGUCGUGGGAACAUAUACCAAGCGAUCAACCGUUAAUCAGUAUAUCGUGUGGUCCGUGUGGACAAGUUUGGGCCGUCGGGAAAAAUGGCUCUUCCUGUUGGAGAUUGGGCAUCAGUGCUGCGAAACCGACCGGUAUACAAUGGCAAAAUGUUGAACCACCCUCAGGGGCACAGUUGAAGCAGAUUUCGGUGGGAUACGAUGUAGUGUGGGCCUUGGAUACAACGGGUAGAUUGUCAGUGCGUCGAGACGUACAAUCGAAUGUUUUUCCCGAAGGAACUCAUUGGCAAACGUUGCCUGCUAUGCCAAAUGAUCCCAUCCAUAUAGAUAUGUCAGUGGCGAAUGCUAAGCAAGGAUUCCGACAUGUAUCCGUUUCGAAAGAACAGGGACAAGUUUGGGUCACCUCAGGAGCUGGCAUUAUCUGCCGAAGAAUUGGUGUUACCCAUGAAAAUCCAGCUGGAACUGGAUGGGUAACUGGUAUAGGAGCAAACUGGCAAAAUAUAAGUCUCGGAGGGCUUGUGCGAAUAAGACGAAAUGACUGCGAUAAAUCAAAGCUUUUGGCUAUGCUAACAUAAAGUACUUUGCAAUUUUGUGUGAUUGCCUUGUAAUAUAUAAUGUUAUGUGUGUAUAAACGUGCGUAUAUAAACGCGCGUCUAUGUAGUCUAUGCUGAUUGUAUUGCUAAUCUUUAAUCAUCAAUUAUAUACAAUGAUUUACUUAAAGAUUGAAAAUAUUACCGUAUUAAAGAUUUCUUCUGUAAGCUAAGAAUUUUUUGGAGUAUAUAGUGAACAUUAAAAGAACUCUAUCUAAGAUGGUAAUGUUAAGUAGAACAUAUAUACACAGCAAAUAUUUAUAUAUACAUAAUUUUUAAAUUGGGAUAUGAUCACGUAAAUUAUUAUUUCCGUCAAAGUAUGCUUACAAGAUAGAAUAAGAAUUGUUAUACACUUUGUUAUUUUUCUAGUAUUACUAGGAUAUGAAAGAGGAAAGUCGAGUAACUAGCAUCUAUGAUUAGCGCGUAAUAGCACAAAAUACUUACAUAAAAGUGUAGUAAAACUAUUUUGUGAUAUAAGAGAUAUUCCAGCGCGUGAAAAGCAACGCAUAAUGUCAAGAUGCCAAUUUCAUUGAUUUUUGUAAUCUGAAAUGUCUAUAUAAAUCUAUAUAUUACCAUCUCAUAUAUUAAUAUAGUAUUAAUUCUUUAUCCUAAAUAAUUCGUAAAGAUCAUACCAAAUCUCGGUAAUAAUAACUGAUAAUCUCCGUAUAAUUUAUAAUAAAAUCUUUCUGAGGCGCAUGCACACGCGCACACCACACACACACACACACAAACACACACACACACACACAAAAGUCAUCAAUUUGAUUUUUUAUUGCUGCUAUAUUUAGUAUGCUAAGCGAUGCUGGUUAAGAAUCUAAAACACAUCGAUGUAAAAUAAGUAAUCUAUUUAUGAGUGUUCUCAAUUGCGUUACAUUAAUAUAUCGCGAUUAUAUCAUUAUUCUGUACCAAAGUAUUUUAUAUUGCGUUUGCCGAUGUAAGAAGAGUAUAUUACUUCUAUUUUAUAAAUAAAUGUCGUAUAAUAAAGCGUGUGUGUACGUACGUUAUGUGCGCGCGUGUAUACCUUCAUUACAUCACAUGAUGCAAUUAUUAUCGCACGAUAUAUGAAACUUAAUGCAUCAAACAUGAACGUGGCGCAAAAAUGUAUUAAAAAAGAAAAAAGAGAUCACAUUUUUUUCAUUAUAUUUUCGCUAGAAAGAAAACAUGUGGGCGCUUGAAAACAAAUUCGCAAAAAACAAAAGACAUGCGUGUGCUUUACCUGCAUAUAUUAAUAUGACUGGGCGCAACACACUCGUACUUGCAUCGUCUUUUACAUCAAAGUUUUUUUAACGUGCAAGUCUGUUAUGUAAAAUUGUCUUCUUCAGUUAUUCUGUUCCGGCAUAUAAGGUCGAAACGAAAUUUCAACAUCUGAAAUUUCAUCCCCUUUCCAUU